CUCCUCAACACCACUCUCUCCACCCCCAAAAUGGCAAAACUGCACCUCUUCCUCAUCAUUCUUACCCUCCUCUCCUUCACCACCGCCGAGAUCGAGACCAUAAAGGUCACUUCCGAUUCCCGCCAGAUGAUCGUCUUCCAGAAAUUCGGCUUCACCCACGCCGGCCACCUCUCUAUGUCCGCCUCCGUCAGCUCCUCUUACUCCUCCACCGACCCUUCUCGCCUCGGUUUCUUUCUCCUCUCCGAAGAGUCCUACAUCCAAGUCCUCCUCGAACUCAUGCACAAUCCCAGCUUCUGCAUCAUCGACUCCAAAUUCAUCUACCUCCUUUUCACUUUCCGCGACCUCUCAUCCCAUCCUCACUCUUCCUUCAACCAAUCCUACCCCGUCACUGUCCCCAAUGAAUACUCCCUCUACUUCGCCAAUUGCGUCGCUGAAUUACAAGUCACCAUGGAUGUCCGUACAGAGCUCUACAAUCUCGAUUCCGGAGCUUCCAAGGACUAUCUCUCUGCAGGGUUGACUCAGCUCCCCUCUAUCUAUUUCCUUUUCUUCCUCAUAUACUCAUAUUUUCUCGGGUUUUGGUUGUACCACUGUUACCGUACCAGAAGAUCAGUACAUCGGAUCCAUUUACUCAUGACCCUAUUGAUUAUAACGCAAACUCUAAAUUUAGUCAUCUUGGCCAAGUAUAAACAAUGUGUUAAGGUCACAGGGACAGCCCACAAAUGGAAUAUACUUGUCUACGCAUUUCAAUUGAUUAGGGUUCUACUUUUGUCUACGGUGAUUAUAUCGAUUGGUACCUGGUGGUCAUUUUUGGAACCCUCUUUGCAAGGAAAAGGUGGUAAGAAGGUGUUGAUGAUAGUGAUUCCGCUACAGGUUCUGAGCAAUGUGGCUUCCAUGGUCAUUGGAGAAACGAGUCCGUUUACAAAAGAUUGGGUGACCUGGAGACAGGGGUUUCUCUUGGUGGAUAUUGUAUGUUGUUUUACAAUUAUUUUCUCAAUUAGAUCCUCGUUGAGGAAGGCAUCGAAGAUGGAUGGGAAGGCCGCGAGGAAUUUGGGGAAGUUGUCUGUAUUUAGGAAAUUCUAUAUUGUGGGUAUUGGGUACUUAUUUUAUACGAGGAUUGUUGUGUUUGCCCUGCUGACAAUCACUACAUAUAAGUAUCAGUGGGUGGCCUUUGCAGCUGAGGAAAUCGGAAGUCUUGUGUUUUAUAUGGUGAUGUUUUAUAUGUUCAGGCCAAUGGAAGAGAAUCAGUACUUUGAUCUUGACAAGGAGGCUGCAAAGGAGGCUGCGGAGAUAACUCUCUGGGAUCCUCUGAGUGGGAGAGGGGUGUGGCCCUGUGGGGAGAGGGAAGGGGUGGGGACUAUGGGUUCUAGGGGGAGGUAA